AAAAGAAUAAAAAUGGUGCCAGAGAUGCCAUGAUCAAGUCCAAAACGACUCCCGUUCAACUUCGGCCGCGGCGAGGGCACGUCGACUCGUCGGACGACUACAAAGGCAGUGAGCAGGAUGGACCAACGCAAGCGCAAUCGUUUCGAGAGCAUGAACGAUGAAAGCUAUGUGAAGAAGGCCGAAGGCGGACUUCCGAUGGCAUCGCGACGAAAGCAGCAUCAGCAGCGACGACAUUUGCAACGGGCGCUGUCGCUUCCAAACAUUCAACUCCAGAUGGAGCGCAAGCCCGAGCCACCGUCCAUCUUUCCCGACGUGGACGUCCGGUCCCUUCGUUUAGCUGAAGUGCGCAGUUGGGCGCGCCCGUGGGUCAAAACAGCAGACACCUCGCCGCCCAAACCUCAUGCUGCUACAAAUCCGUCUGCCGCCUCCCCUACGAAGAUUCCCCAUAUUCUCGAGAAGCGUCUUGACGAUGCGAUUGAAGCCAUACGGAUUGAGUUGAAUUUGGACGAUGACGGUGUUACCGCUACAGAUCGCAGCGAUACAGGAGCUGCGAAAGUCGCGCCGUCCACCUUUAUCUUGCCCUCUAGUUGCGUCGAGUUGUCGUCGGCUUCUUUGCGGAAGGAAGGAGGAACUGGGUUGACCAUCGUCUCAACUGCAACCCCGACGUCCAGCAGUGUCGCGACCACCAUCAGUCCUCACACGCCAUCUCCGCUUCCUCUCGCAGCAUUGUCGACUCCGAAGAAACGAUUUAGCUUGCGUCUACAGCUCGACGACAUGCCAACGCCACAGCAAGCUGAAAAUCGAGCGAAUCGAGCUGCCAAUCGCCUCUUGGCCCAUCGCGAGGCCAUGGACCCGAACGACACGGGUCCCGUCAGUGGCAUGCAAAGAGCCAUGAUUGCAUUCCGUGCGAGCUCGGGCCAGUUGUCCGACAACGACUUGAACUCCCCUCACGACGGCGGCGAACUCGGCCGUUUCAGCCACGGCAGCUCGUAUUCACCCAACCACGGCCGCUUUACGACGCAGAAUGUAUCGGUGUCGGAGGCUGGGAUCGCUUCCCCCGACUCGUCCUGUUUGCACCUGCAAGAAAACGUCGUGCGGGUCAAGGAGGUCGGCCGCGGCGCGUCAGGAGUCGUGUAUAAAGCGGUGCAUUUGCCCACGUUAAAAGUCGUGGCGAUUAAGGAAAUCCCAGUGUACGGGAAAAACCAGCGACGUCAAAUGGUGCGCGAACUCCACGCGCUGUACGCAAACUUGGUCCCGCUCGACGAGAACAAGUCCAAGGCUCGUGGAGCGAUUCGCCUACCAAGCCCAUACAUCGUGAGCUUUUACGACGCCUUCGUCGACAAGCAGAAGAACUGCAUCUCGCUCGUGAUGGAGUACAUGGGCGUCGGUUCGUUGCAGGAUAUCGUGGUCAAGUCAGGAGGCCGAGGCAUUCCCGAAAUUCUCGUCGCACGGAUUGCGACGAGUGUCCUAGAAGGCCUCAAGCACAUUCAUGGGAAUCGCAUGGUUCAUCGCGACAUCAAACCGCACAAUCUGUUGAUGAACCAUCAAGGCCAAAUCAAGAUCUCGGACUUUGGACUCGCACGGACUCUGAACGACAAUGCGACACAGACAAAGACAUUUGUCGGGACCCUUUUGUAUAUGGCACCCGAGCGCAUUGGCGGUGGCGACUACGCAUAUCCAGCUGACAUUUGGUCUUUUGGACUGGUGCUUGUGUCGGUGGCGCUGGGGCGGUACCCCCUGCCAACCCACGACGGAUUUUUCGGUCUAGUCGACUCGGUGGCGAACGAAGGAUAUUUGAAGUUGCCGGACGAGUUUUCCGAUGUGUGUCGAGAUUUUAUGGACAAGUGCUUGGCUAUUGACCCGGAAGACCGAUGGACAGCGGAGCAGCUCCUUCGACAUCCUUUCUUGGUGCAAAAUCCCCCCGCGACGACCCUCGCGCCUUGGAAAAAGUUUAUCGACACGAUUUGCGAGCCCCGUUUGCAAGAACUUGACGACAUCGCCGAAGCCGUGUACGGGCAUAUUUAUGAAAACAUCCACAACUGCACGACGACGACACCACAGUCCGACUACGGGAUGUCCAUGCUCAGUGACACACCGCGGCACAUCUUGUCGCUGCCUCCAGUCGAACGCAGUUUGCAGCUGGGACUGUCCAAGUACCUCGACUUGCCAGCGUCGGUGGUGUAUGACAAGUUUGAAGAGAAACGACAACUGUUCAAGGAAAAACUAUGGGACGACGCGACGUGCUUUACGCCGCGCAGCUGGUCCAAUUCCCCCGGCGAAUUGCGGCGAGCAAGCAUGAUGGGCACAUUCGAAGCAUCAAGUGUCCAUGUACCAGCCAAACACGAAACGAAGCGUCGGCGUCCGUCGUUCUGGCAGCGCAUGCAGGAAUCCCUCAAACAAACGUUGGGCGGUUCCAAGGCAAAGUAGCGAUUGUAGAGUACUAGAGCGAGUGAAUGACGUAAUGAGCGCCACCGCCAAUUCAUUUGCACGCAAG